GCGGUGCGCGAAGCCGAGGUCUCUCCGCAGGCGAUUCGCGGCCUCCGCGAGGUUAACGGUAGGCGCUCGCUGAUCCACUUCUCCGCGGCCUACCCCCUACCUACCGCCUCCCGCUCGCCGCCGCCGCCGCCGCCGCCGCCGCCGCCGCCGCGCGCCGCGCUGUCCGUCAGUCGCGCCGCCGCCGCCGACGUCGCCACCGCUCCGAUCCCAUCCAUGCAAGUCCUCAGCCAGAUGUUGGGGCGCGCGGCGCGCGUGCUGCUGCGGCAGAAGCGCGCGGCGGCGGACGAGGGCGCGUCGCAGCUGUCGCGCUGCCUGUCGGUGUUCGACCUGACGCUGCUGGGCGUGGGCAGCACGCUGGGCCUGGGCGUGUACGUGCUGGCGGGCGCCGUGGCGCGCACCGAGGCCGGCCCGGCCGUCACCCUCUCCUUCCUCGUCGCCGCCAUCGCCUCCGCCUUCGCCGGGAGAAAUGAGAGGGAGGGAGAGGAGGGAGAAAUGAGAAGAGGAGAGAGUGGGAGAAAUGAGAGAGAGGAGAGUGGGAGAAAUGAGAGGAAGAGGGAGAGUGGGAGAAAUGAGAGAGAGGAGAGU